CCACAUCACUUGAUAACGUCAGUAUCCACACAGUGAUCGAGCCGAAUAGACGUAAAUAUGUCUCAAACGGAGCCGGGGCCAACUUUAUGGGACGAAUUGACGAGCCCUGUCAAUUUCACACUUAUCCUAGUUAUUGCGUAUCUUAUUUACAAGAUAGUAAGGGCAAAAUUUGAACCAGAGCCCGUAGCUGUGCCCGUGCAGAGGUUGCCAAAGAUGCGCAAAGAUCUCACGGUACAGGAGCUAAGAAAAUACAACGGUACUCAGCCCGACUGCAGAGUUUUGCUGGCGGUUAACGGCGUGAUUUUUGAUGUGACCAGGGGGAAAUCGUUUUAUGGGCCCGGAGGUCCAUAUGCAGCUUUUGCGGGCACGGAUGCCACUCGCGGCCUUGCGACCGGCACUGUCGCCGGUUCCGACAAGGACUACGACGACGUGAGCGACCUCACACCAGAUGAAGUUUCCGCCGCCAAGGAGUGGGAGGAACAAUUCACUGGAAAGUAUGACAUCGUGGGGUGUCUACUAAAACCCGGAGAGACAGCCAAACAGUACAGCGACGAUGAGUGUGAAGCAAAGACCGAAGAUAAGAAAUCACAAUAGACC